AACGGUGUUUUGUUAUCGUUUUGUUAUCUUUCGCAAUAUCCAUUCCUUUGCAUCGUAAAUUGUAACUUGAAAUAACUUAAACUACUGUACUCUUCGAAUUGGGUAACUUUGAUUUGAUAAAACGCAUAAAACGCUUUAGCGUGUACGUCUAGUAUUGUUCUCUUAUCGGCAGGAACCCGUUUGCAACCCCCAAAACAUGCCGGCAAAUAAAGAAAUGCCUCUCGAUAAAGCACAACUUACCAACGUGCGGGUAAAUCUCUCCAGCGUGGUGCGUUCUGUUGACCUCUUGACUUCUGCGCUUAUCAACCGCGUCUCAGACCGCGAGCUCCUCGAGUACACACUGCUCGCGCUUCGGCUAACGGAUUUGACGACACUCGGCGGUGAUGAUACGGAAUCGAACGUUGCCAGGCUUUGCUUCAGGGCCGCUUACCCUUUCUCUGACCACGCAUCGUAUGUCAGCAUGAAGGGAAAAGUGCACACUGCCGCGGUUUGUGUCUAUCCCUCACGCGUGGCCGACGCAAACCGCGCACUGAAGGCACUGGGUAUGAUUGGAAAGAUCCAAAUCGCGUCUGUGGCCACUGGCUUUCCGUCCGGAUCUUACCCACUGGAAACCAGAUUGCAGGAAAUACGAUUCGCGAUCCAGCAGGGCGCGACCGAGAUAGACAUCGUCAUCGAUCGCAGUUUGGUGCUGACCGGAAAGUGGGAAAAACUGUACCACGAGAUCGUUAGCAUGCGCGAAGCUUGCGGUGACAAAGUGCAUAUGAAGGCAAUUCUUGGCAUCGGCGAGUGCGGAACAAUGGCCAAUGUGUUCAAAGCAUCAAUGGUGGCGAUGAUGGCCGGAUCGGAUUUCAUUAAAACGUCCACCGGCAAGGAAACGGUCAAUGCCACUCUCCCCGUAGGACUCGUCAUGAUCCGUGCCAUUCAGAAAUUCCAUCGUUUGACCGGGAAGAAAAUCGGACUCAAACCAGCGGGUGGCGUGAGAACUGUCCAGGAUGCGAUCGCUUGGAUGGUGAUGGUACAACAAACGCUUGGCAGCGAGUGGCUCACCCCGGAGUUGUUCCGGUUCGGUGCCUCGGGAUUGCUGGAUAAUAUUGAGGAUCAAUUUGUCGCGGUUACCAAACGUUUAAAUGCGUAGUUGUUGAACAAUCGGCCAUUCCUGUAUGUCCUGUCGUCCUGUUUGUAUGCGGAAUAUGCUGUUUGAAUGUUACGAAAAUGUUGUAUUCGUUGCAAAGGUUCUCAACAGGCCCACAUUCUUGUGAGAUCGUGUUUGGUUCGAGAUCGAUUAGUGUUCGGAGUGCAACAAGACUUCUACUUUAACUCAAUUCAUUUGGCUUUAUUUGACCAUCCUCUCCACAGUGGCCACGAAAAGAAACGGAUGGCUAUGAAAAAUGGUGAGCGUAAUGCUUUCGGUGUGGACGAGCAAUCGGUCGUAAUGUAAAGUAAAUAAAUAAAUCAUAAACAGGUAGCAAAGAUUAAUUUGUGCGGCGGCAUGUCCGCGGCACGUUACGGCUCUAUCCUGAAUCCCGUUUCUGGUGAGGAGCUGUAGUUGACGAUGCGAAACUUUCCGGACCUCAUGUAGUAACCGUAGCGACCCCGGACAUGGCCUUUAUCAUCUCGCUCUUCUACAUGGAACUGACGAUU